UCUAAGCCUUAAAUAAAUGAAUUUGAAGUUUUAUUGCACAAAGGAAUUCCGAUUACUUUUAGAAUAACCGAAAAAAGAAUCUUAUUGGAUUGAGUCAAGAACUAGGGCAACGUGAACGCAACAACUCUGAAUUGCAGUGGUCCAAUAGACGACUAGCAUUUCAGCGCAACGGUUGAUGACUGCAGCCAAUAGGAGAGCUUUCUGAAUGUGACGUCAGAGUCUGUAUAUAAAGCUCCGGGUGUUCAAAUUUUCCGUCAUUGUUGCUUGCGAGGUACGCCAUCGUUGGACCUUGUGACGACUCUUUCACCGAUUUAUCUCAAUUUCGUGUAACUACGACAUAAAAAUGCGUGAGUGCAUCUCGAUCCACGUUGGCCAGGCUGGAGUGCAGAUGGGCAAUGCCUGCUGGGAGCUGUACUGCCUCGAGCACGGCAUCCAGCCCGAUGGCCAGAUGCCCUCUGACAAAACCAUCGGUGGAGGCGAUGAUUCCUUCAACACUUUCUUCUUCGAGACUGGCACGGGAAAACACGUGCCCCGAGCCAUCUUCGUUGACCUGGAACCGUCUGUUAUAGAUGAGGUCCGGACUGGAGUCUACCGACAACUUUUCCAUCCAGAACAAUUGAUCACUGGGAAAGAAGAUGCUGCUAACAACUAUGCACGAGGUCACUAUACCAUCGGGAAGGAAAUCGUUGAAAUUGUUUUAGAUCGCAUUCGUAAAACCGCCGACAACUGCACUGGUCUUCAAGGUUUCCUUAUCUUCCAUUCGUUCGGUGGCGGCACUGGUUCCGGUUUCACUUCCCUCUUGAUGGAGAGGCUUUCGGUCGACUACGGCAAGAAGAGCAAACUUGAAUUUGCCAUCUACCCUGCCCCUCAAGUCGCCACUGCCGUCGUCGAACCUUACAACUCGAUCUUGACCACACACACUACUCUGGAACAUUCUGACUGCGCCUUCAUGGUUGACAACGAAGCAAUUUACGAUAUUUGCCGUCGUAACCUCGAUAUCGAGCGACCCACUUACACUAAUUUGAAUCGGCUCAUCGGUCAGAUCGUCUCGUCCAUUACCGCUUCCUUGAGGUUCGAUGGCGCCCUCAACGUCGAUUUGACUGAGUUCCAAACGAACUUGGUCCCUUACCCUCGUAUUCACUUCCCGUUGGUGACAUAUGCGCCAGUCAUCUCUGCUGAGAAGGCUUACCACGAGCAGCUUUCGGUUGCCGAGAUCACUAAUUCUUGUUUUGAGCCCGCCAACCAGAUGGUGAAGUGCGAUCCACGCCGUGGAAAGUACAUGGCGUGUUGCCUGCUUUUCCGAGGUGACGUCGUGCCCAAGGAUGUCAACGCUGCCAUCGCUACCAUCAAGACCAAGCGGAGCAUCCAGUUUGUGGACUGGUGCCCCACGGGCUUCAAGGUGGGUAUCAACUACCAGCCCCCCACCGUAGUCCCUGGUGGGGACCUGGCCAAGGUGUCUCGUGCCGUGUGCAUGCUGAGCAACACCACGGCCAUCGCUGAAGCCUGGGCUCGUCUGGACCACAAGUUCGACCUGAUGUACGCCAAGCGCGCCUUCGUGCACUGGUACGUGGGCGAGGGCAUGGAGGAGGGCGAGUUCACCGAGGCCAGGGAGGACUUGGCCGCCCUCGAGAAGGACUACGAAGAGGUCGGCGUCGACUCCGCUGAAGCCGAAGAAGGAGAGGGAGAAGAAUAUUAGGAAAUUUAUCCACUUUUGAUUAUUAUUUGAUUGGCUGAAUGAAAGCUGAUUUGAUUUCAAUAAAGGAUUUCAAAAGUU